GCUGAUUACGAGGAAUGCUCAAUAAAAGUUUGAUUGGAAGAGAAUUUUCAUCAAUCCAUUUUUUUCCGUCUUUGUAAUUAAUAAUGGAUUUUACGAUUCUCUGAAACAUCAUGACGAGACUUCUCAGACAGUUUAUCGAACGUUUAGCGAUAUUUCUCGUAAAAGACAAUACUAGAGAAAGAGAGAAGCAGUCGUCCAAAAAGCAUAUUCAAGGGAAAUCAGCCUUCAAAGGAAACGCACGAGAACCUCUCCAGCAUCCACGACGUAGACGCGUUCCUGUUCGCUCAAGAGAGGGCUCGUCGUUGCCACAAAACACUUCCAACAAAGGAGCAGAAGAAUUUCCUAAAUCUCCAUCAGCUUAUUUCACUCCACCAAGCUCGCUAUGUAGUUUGUUGAAAUGCACUUCCAUUGAGAAACCGAAAGAAAUAACUCGGUCAUUAUCAAUCGAUUCUGCUUCUCUACGCUCGAAAUAUACUUCGGCAAGACGCACACCGAGCAAGAAAUUAGAUGGAACACUUCAGCAACCAUCUCCAAGCUUUAUUGCGCCUGCCAUGAGUAACGCUUCUCUUUUCGAAGAAGCAAGACAAAUUCCGGUAUCAGCAUUACCUGAUUUAAUUCGACCACCCUCAAGACGUAUUCUACAAGGAGGUAUUUCCAUCAGGGAUGUAAAAGACAUGCCUCAUCCACCGUCAGUCUAUCUUACGCCUCCACGAUGUAUACGGUCCUUGCCCAAUGCCAUGUCUAACAGCAGAAAAGCAGAGCCAAGGAGACGAAGUUUUUCCAGGUCAAGACUUCCUCAGUCCAAACUCAACUUGAGAGAAUCCGGGUCUCCUGUGCGGCGAACGAAUUCAUUCCCGAGGAGACAUAAUGAACUGGAUGGUUCUCAUGAUUGCCGAGACUGCAGCCAAAAUCUCAAAGUAUCGGAAGUGUCGUUUCAUUCGCAUGAAUUGCAUCUUAAGAGCAGAUGUAAAACGAACUUGGAAGAACGCAAUGAACUAGAGCAAGGUGUUCGAAUGAAGAGUAAGCUACCAGUUGCACACUGCGGGAGAAAUGUAAACAUCAUCAAAGACAGCAAUACUCCUAAGGAAGUGACACUACAACAAAAGUUUCAUCCAAAAGAAGACUGUUAUCGAAAUAGCUGCCCUCAAAAAUAUGCCAGAAAGAUGUCCAUCCAGAGGUAUUUUGCAAAUCAUAAGUUCGAACAGAUGUUCAAAUUAUUUUCAAAGAAGCGUGGAGCGUUAAUCGAUGUAAGGACUCAUAUCCGCUGGUUGCGAUGCUCAGAUAUCACUUUUGACAAGAAUGGCAGUUUCUUCAGGCACAUUGCAGGACGUAAAGUUGCAUUAACGCUUUCAGAGUACAAGUGUUUAAUACAAGAGAUUUGUACCACACAUGAUCUGGAUUAUUUCGAGAUUUUAGAAAAAAUGGCUAAUGCUUCCUUGUUGAUAGAUGAUGCUGUACAGCCUGUUAGAAGAAUGUAGUCGAAGAUUUUUAAGAGCUUACCAUAGCGCUUACGGUGGCUGUCAAAAUUCAGUCAGUCUGAGAAAUCUUGAGUUUGUAUAUUAAAUGAAUUAAGUUUAAUCCAUUUAAUUUAAAUGAUGGCUCAGUAAAGGAAAUAUAUAUAUUCACCACGAAGUAGUUAUUUUUUGUAAUAAAUUGGACUGUAUAAGUUUAUUAUCUGCUUAAAACAUAUAUUCAAAUAUUAAUCACUGUUUCUUUUUUUUGUGUGUGUGUGCUAAAAUAUGUAAAAGUAACCUAUAAUUUAAUUAUGUAAAUGAGCCUAUCUGUAUUUAAUUCCCGACACCUAACAA